AAAUGUGACUACAAUCUUCCAAUAGCUUUCGCGUGACCAAUGAAUAUCCACCCAUUUUUGCAAGACUGCUAGCGGAAAACAAGAAUAAAUAGUACAAUUUCUUGAUCAAAUUACAUCUGAGGGGAAUAAUUCAUUCAGAGAACAAUGAGCUUUUUCGGGCUAGGCCAAGGAGCCGAUAUCGACAUCGCGCUCGACGAUGCAGCAACAAGAAAACAGGCUGAGAUCAAGACAGAUGAUGGCAGGAAGGAGAAACUUUAUCUUUUCUACGACGGAGAGAGCUUGACAGGAAGGGUCAAUGUCACUCUCAAAGGCAAGAAGCUUGAACAUCAAGGCAUCCGUAUUGAGUUCGUAGGUCAAAUAGAGCUGUAUUACGACAGAGGGAACCAUCAUGAAUUCACAUCGCUUGUCAAAGAGCUUGCUAGGCCAGGAGAGCUCACGCAAUCAACCAGCUAUCCCUUUGAAUUCCUUAACGUAGAGAAACCAUACGAAUCGUACACAGGUGCUAAUGUAAGAUUAAGAUACUUUCUACGAGUGACGAUCACUAAGCGAUUGACGGACACAGUGCGUGAGAUGGAUCUGGUGGUUCACACCCUGUCACACUACCCCGAGGUCAACUCUUCUAUUAAGAUGGAAGUUGGCAUUGAGGACUGCCUCCAUAUAGAAUUUGAAUACAACAAAUCAAAAUACCAUCUCAAAGAUGUAAUCGUUGGUAAAAUCUAUUUCCUGCUUGUGAGAAUCAAGAUCAAACACAUGGAACUUGCCAUCAUCAAAAGAGAAACAACUGGAUCAGGUCCCAACACAUUCAAUGAAAAUGAAACCAUAGCAAAAUAUGAAAUCAUGGAUGGUGCCCCAGUAAGAGGUGAAUCGAUACCCAUAAGGCUGUUCCUGUCAGGGUACGAGCUGACGCCUACGAUGCGGGAUGUCAACAAGAAGUUCUCAGUUCGCUACUACCUGAAUCUUGUACUCGUAGACGAGGAAGAAAGGCGGUACUUCAAACAACAGGAAGUGACGCUGUGGCGAAAAGCCGACAAGGUCAAGAAACCACUUCAGAUGCAGAGACAACAGAUGCAACACUUUGUCUCGCCGUCGCAAAACAGCAAGCCAGAGCCCAGCUCAGACGAGUAGCACACCGCCCUCUCCUGCCCUCGUCGAACCAGGCAAUUACAGUCAAACCUGUCUACAGCGACCACUCAAGGGAGACAAGAAAAGUGGUCUCAGUAGACAGG